AUUGUUAUAACAUGUCUUCACGCAGCUUACAUCCUUUGAUCAGAUGCGCAUAGUAGCCCACCACUGCUGUUGACUGACGAAACCCAAAGGCAGCGACUGACUGUAUGUGGGAAGAGGAAAGUGACACCCACGAAAAAGGCUGCAAGAUAAACAGAAUGGAAAUCGACAUAGACUUUUUAUAUACCGAUGUAGGUAAUAUUAUUUUGGCUGUGUUAUUACGUUUAACCUAUAGAGGUAUUAAUAUAUAUUAUUCUGAGAUAGUUCUUUUUAUGUAUUUCGAUUUGGUGGAUUAAAUAGGAUUCAUAAAAUAGCUAGGUAGCUAGCUGGGUAGCUUACGUUAGGUCGUUGUCUGAAGAGACUGAAAUACAGAUUCGAGUAAAAAAGUGGUCUUUCACCUUAACGUUCUCACAGUUAAUAUGCCAGAAAGAGGUUAACAUCGUUUUGCUUUACUUGCAUUUAUUUUCUGAAGUUCUCCAUCCACUAUAAUCUGCAGGGAGCUUGUUGUUGCUGGCUAGCCCUCGCAGCUAACAUUAACCAGUGGACGCUAGCUAGCUAUAACCUUAUUCCUGUUAGUUAGAUAGGUAAUGUUAGCGAGCAAGCCGAAUAAUCAUUCAGCCGGUCACUGGCUUAAUAUAAUUAUUUACCGUCUAUAAUGCAAAUCAACAUAGUUUUGUUUAACAAAACAGUGUGCUUUGCCACAUUAUUGGCAUUAUAGUUCCGCCAAACGCAAUGUUAGUCUCGCCAAUCAGGCUUUUCAAGUUAUCUAUGCAAGCUAGCUAUGCUAGCCACUGGGUUACUAAUCAAUGAGUUAGCCUUGACUAACAAUAGCGGCAGGCCAACAUUGUGUUCGUGUUACCCAAACGUUAUUGUGAGGUCUCAUUCGGGUGGUUGUGAAUGUAUCGUAGCUGUGUGUCGGGCCCUGCACUGGGGGCUGAAGCCUCGGGAAUGUCUCAUGUCAGUCCACAGCCAGGCCCGCAGGAAGUGAUGCUGAAACCCACCCGCAUGUUUCCGUCCUGGAGCUCACCACGCUUUCCCUCCUGGAGCUAGGACAGGGCUAAUCCACCACCCCUGCAGGAACUCUUCCUAAACACCCCGCUAGAAUUGCUCUCACCACACACCGAACUUAAGAGCUCACCCACCACAGCUGCCUAACCUAGGACCGGAUAAGCUACAACUGGACUGAAACCACAUGUCUGAGUCCAGCAGUUAGGACUACAUUGUUUUCUGGACUUUAUGAUAGUAUUUGGCAUUAAGAACUUCACACAUUGGAGUUUACAGUGAACUGGCAACAGUGGUCUGAGAGCAGUUCAGAUUGAUGUGCGUGGGGGACAGCUAAGUGCGCAAGUGUAAAUAUCCGCAUACAUUCGCUAUCCAGAAAUCUUCCUCUACAUCCCACACUCGCUUGUCACCCUCCCACCCCCUGGUUGUUGUGAUUCAGUGGAUCUGUGGUUUUUAUGGCAGUGACGUAACUCUGGAGAAGCCCGGGUACCACAAGCUUCAGGAUUUAGAGAAGAGAGGAGGGAAGGGAGAGAUGGAGGAGAGCAAGAGGGUGGUGAAGUCCGGGGGCAGCAGGAGUGGGCACGGGGGUCGGGGCUCCAGCUCCGGGGUGCUCAUGGUUGGCCCCAACUUCCGCGUGGGAAAGAAGAUUGGCUGCGGGAACUUCGGUGAGCUGCGGCUCGGCAAGAACCUGUAUACCAACGAGUAUGUGGCCAUCAAGCUGGAGCCAAUCAAGUCCCGCGCUCCUCAACUCCACCUGGAGUACCGCUUCUACAAGCAGCUGGGCAGUGGGGAGGGGGUUCCUUCGGUGUACUACUUUGGGCCCUGUGGGAAAUAUAAUGCGAUGGUCCUUGAGCUACUGGGGCCCAGCCUGGAGGACUUGUUUGACCUGUGCGAAAGAAGCUUCUCCCUCAAGACAGUCCUCAUGAUGGCCAUUCAGUUGAUCACACGGAUGGAGUUCGUCCACACCAGGAGCCUGAUCUACAGGGACGUGAAACCCGAGAACUUCCUGGUGGGCCGGCCGGGGAGCAAGCGCCAGCACACCAUCCAUAUCAUCGACUUCGGCCUGGCCAAGGAGUACAUCGACCCCGAGACCAAGAAACACAUCCCCUACCGCGAGCACAAGAGCCUGACGGGCACGGCCAGAUACAUGAGCAUCAACACCCACCUGGGGAAAGAGCAAAGCAGAAGGGAUGACUUGGAGGCACUCGGCCACAUGUUCAUGUACUUUCUGCGUGGGAGCUUGCCCUGGCAGGGGUUAAAGGCUGAUACUUUGAAGGAGCGUUACCAGAAAAUUGGCGACACCAAGAGGGCCACGCCUAUUGAGGUGCUGUGCGAGAGCUUCCCAGAAAUGGCUACAUACUUGCGUUACGUGCGGAGGCUUGACUUUUUCGAGAAGCCAGACUAUGACUACCUUCGCAAGCUCUUCACCGACCUGUUUGACAGAAAUGGCUACGUCUUCGACUACCAAUACGACUGGGUGGGCAAAACCCUGCCCACCCCAAUUGGCCCAGUUCCGAGUGAUGCACCCCUCCAGCCCAGCAGCAGGGACAAAGCACAGCAGCAGACCAAAAACCAGUCUGCCCAACUGUGCCAGUCUCCUGAACCUGCGGGUGGCGAGGCGCAGCCCCCUCCCGCCACGCCACGCGAGGUUCUGGGCUCCCGCCUGACGGCCGACCGCCUGGGGGGCUCCGCACAGGUGAUGAACUCGACCAAUGGGGAGCUGAACACAGACGACCCCACGGCGGGCCACUCCAACGCCCCCAUCACAGUCACAGCUGAGCGAGAGGUGCCCGACGACACCAAGUGCUGUUGUUUCUUCAAGCGUCAGAAGAGGAAAGCACUCCAGCGACACAAGUGAGGAAGAGGAGCACCAGGCCUCGUCCCCCGAGAAUGAGGAAGAGGAGGAUAUUUAUACUCCUUUUAUCGCAAGAGGAGCAGCCUCUUGAAAGACUACUACAGACGACAAUGUAUUUGACACUAACAGUGGUCAUAAACCAAGGACGAAUCUCGCAUACAAAGAGGAGAAGAGCCUGAAUGAGUGACAGAGACGCUCUCUUGGAACACAUGCUUACAUUUGUGGUAUGGGGAAGAGGAAGCCUGUCAGUGCAAUUCUCUCCUUGGUCCUUUUAUUUUUUUUUCCUAUUUUAAAGAUUAAGUCUGCUAUUCCAGAUUCUCUUUCUCUCUCACACUCUCUCUUUCUCUCACUCUCUCUCUCUCACACACACACACACACACACACACACACAGAUACAAACAUACAUACACACACUCACUUUCUCUCUCUCUGGGUCCAAAUGUCUAUGCGUCCAAACUUGUUGGAGUGAACUUUCAUGGAGUAUCCCAAAUGUGUUUCUGCAAGUGACCAGCAGGGGUUACUGUUUGACUCCGAGGAGCACACAGCUUGUCUCACAGAGCUGCCAGAUGUGGACGAAUGCCUCUGAUGCCUCUGAGUGAACUCUCAAAGGGAUGUACAAAGCCAGGAUGGGAUUACAAUGCAGACAUUUCCACCUCACUUUAAAAUGGACGCACGCUCAACUCUUAAAGGGAUGUAGAACAUUUCACAGCGUUUUGCGGGGGGGAGAGAGAGAAGCGUUCGUGGCUCGUCUUCAUUCUUUUCUUGCUGUGUAAAGGUGGUUACCUGUGAGUCAGAGUUUGUGCCUUUCUAAGUAAAACCUCCAACACUCAUGUGUCCAGAGUCAUGUCUUAGUCAUUUUAUCAUAUCCCCUCAUCUCCAUCAAACACUCACUCUCCCCUUACAUCUUAUUUUUCUCCUGUUCUUGCUUUUUUUUUCUUUUUCUGACUGUCCCUGACUCUCUGUUUUAUUAUCUGUCUACAUUUUUCCUGUGUUUCUUGUUUCAAACCUGUUUGUGAUUUGAUAGCAUUUUAAACAGUGUAAAUCGGUUACCAAAGGGCAGGAAGCGAAGUAUAAAUCUCUCACAUGACUCCUGACCCUCCUCUUCCCUUUACAGUCUCAUGUGACUGCACACCUCCAUCUGCUAUUCUCACUCAUAUACUGUUCCUCUGUACCCUUGGGAAAAGACGUUAAAAAAACAGGCAAUGUUGCAAGCAAAGGAGGAGAAAUCAUUAGCAAGAGCUGCUAACAGGAAGUGAACAGAGAACAGGGCAGAAAUUCAGGUGUGGACUCGUGACAAUGAACAGCCAGUCAGGACAGCCUGGAGAAGUGUUACCAGGAAAAUGAGAAGAUAUAUAAAUGUUUAUACUAUACAGAGCAAACAAUGUUUAUUUCUGAUGUUUUCUCAAAUAGCUUUGUUUUAAGUUGUAUUUAUUUGUACAUAACAAAUAAAUGUGUUAUUCCUUCAUUUUUUUUUGCAGUAAACAGACCUUUAUAACGCUGGAGCCUGUGCUUCAGGGGUUACAGUCAUUACACAUUUAAGGACAUCCUCAGGUGAUUCUCUCAAACAUUAACUUUCUCAGUUGUAAACAGGUCAUGACGUUUGUACAAAGAUGGUCCUAAGCUAUACCGGUAAAAUAAAGCCACAUACUCUUAA